GGAUCAAGCGUGUUCACGAGACAUGCGCGAGCGCGACUAACGGAAGGAAAACAGCAAUAACAUGAUCUGAACUACGGGAAAUAAGUAGUAAACGGAUAAGAACACAAAAGCAUUAAAAGACGAGAUAUAACCAUUAAAAUAAGUCAUAUCAAUGUUUCUGUGUACAGGUCGGGAUGAGCGAUCGGCUGUUUGAUUGACAGGAGUGAAGCAUCAUCAGAGAUGUGGUGGUUUCAGGAGGGCUUGUGUAUUCUUCCUGUAGCGCUGGUCAUAUGGACCGCAGCGACCUUCAUCUUUGCUUACAUCACAGCUGUGAUAUUGAGACAUGUCGACCCGCUGGUACCGUACAUCAGUGACACGGGGACAGUCGCUCCAGAGAGGUGUGUGUUUGGAAUCAUGUUGAACGUGUCGGCAUUCUUAGGUGUCGCUACGAUGUACGUGCGCUAUAAGCAGCUGCAGGCGCUGAUGGACGAGUAUGACACUCGACUGAACCGGCUCAAUCUGUUGGGGUUCGUGCUGGGUUGCGGGAGUUCGCUCGGCAUGUGCGUUGUCGCAAACUUUCAGAAAACCACCCUGUUCUCGAUGCAUCUGGUCGGUGCGGUGUUGACGUUUGGAGUCGGCGCUCUGUAUAUUUUCGUGCAAACGCUGCUGUCGUACCUCAUGCAGCCUCACGUCCACAGUAAAACCAUGUUCUGGACUCGACUGAGUGUGGGGAUCUGGACUUCAGCCAGUAUUAUCAGCAUGUUUGUGUCGUCUGUGAUCAUGUACAGCAGUUUGCCUGGAGUAGAAGUCAACAAGAAACUACACUGGACUCCUGGAGAACCUGGAUUCACGGCUCAUAUCAUCAGUACGAUAUCAGAAUGGUCUUUGGCUCUUUCCUUCGUCAGCUUCUUCUUCACUUACAUCAGAGACUUCAAGAAGAUCAAUCUGCGAGCGGACGUGUUGCUUCACUGUAAUCACCUGUAUGAUUCUCCUCAUUACCGUCCCGUUACAGCACGCACACCUGCAGAGACGUCACCGCUGCUCGCCGGCAGCAUCUGAACACACAACACAGGCCAGUAACCCGCAGGAUUUCAGGAGAAAACACUGUACUAACCGAUACACAGCAUUAUAAAACUUUUAAUACCAGCACUGAUCAGUGUAAGUAAUGUUUUAUACAGCCGCACGGUACUGUAGCACAGUCUGAUUUUAAACUUUCACUUCCUGAUGAUUGGUACUACAGAAACGUUUCACUGAUUUGUUCCACUGCUUUUAUGCAGUUCUAGAAAUCACUGUAUUCAUUCUCAUAUACCAUUGGUUAAUGCUUAUUUGGCUUAUGUGUCUGAAUUUAAAAUGCAUGAAUAUUAUAUCAGGAGUUUGUUUCUAUCUGGAUAAGUUUAAACAAAACAUAUCUAUAAAAAAAGAUGUUUUUAUUAACAUAAAAAAUAAAUGUUACUGUAGAAAAAUAAAUUAAGUCGAUUUUGUUAAAUAUUAA